AUGAGCUUAAUAGCAGAAGAAGAAAUUAAACAACAACCUGAUCGUACUGAGCUUUUCGAUAAGAACAAUAAAGAUUGUAUUAAAGUAGGCGAUGUAGUCAUGGUAGAAUCAUACAUAAAUAAAGGAAGCGAUGCAGUUUCCGCAUUCGCCGGCGUUUGUAUCUCAAUUCGAAGACAAGGAAUUGAUACAAAUUUGACUUUACGUAAUAUAAUCUUGAAAGUUGGAGUUGAACAAAGAUUUUCUAUAUAUUCACCAAUGAUCAAAAAUAUUAAAAUUUUACAAAGAGGUGAAGGAUUUAGACGAGCAAAGUUAUUCUAUUUAAGAGAACAACCUGGUAAAGCAUUCCAGAUUGGAGGAUUGGUGAAGCAAGAAACAGUAAAAAGAUUAGCAGCUGCUUCUAAAAAUAAAAAAUAA